UCGCAGUAGAGAGGGUCUAGCUCGAGGGGAAGGAGGAGGCAGUCUGUAGCGUGAGGUUCUCGGGCGUGCUACGGCUGAGCGGACAGCUGGUUGGUGCUUAGGCUACGCCGCGGCCGCAGGUCCCUCCACGUGCUCUCGGCGGCGCCAUGGAACUGGAGGAAUUGGGGAUCCGUGAGGAAUGCGGCGUGUUCGGGUGCAUCGCUUCUGGAGAGUGGCCCACGCAGCUAGACGUGCCGCAUGUGAUCACUCUGGGACUCGUGGGGCUGCAGCACCGGGGUCAGGAGAGUGCUGGUAUUGUAACCAGUGAUGGGAGUUCAGUGCCUACAUUCAAGGUGCAUAAGGGAAUGGGUCUUGUAAAUCAUGUUUUCACUGAGGACAAUUUGAAGAAAUUGUACGUCUCAAAUCUUGGGAUUGGACAUACGAGGUACGCCACUACAGGAAAAUGUGAACUGGAAAACUGCCAGCCAUUCGUUGUGGAAACUCUUCAUGGGAAAAUAGCCGUGGCACACAAUGGUGAACUGGUGAAUGCAGCUCGGUUAAGGAAAAAGCUUCUGCGGCAUGGUAUUGGGCUUUCCACAUCCUCCGAUAGUGAAAUGAUUACCCAGUUACUCGCAUAUACCCCUCCUCAGGAACAAGAUGAUACCCCAGACUGGGUGGCAAGAAUUAAGAACCUAAUGAAGGAAGCACCCACAGCAUACUCUCUGCUCAUAAUGCACAGGGAUGUCAUUUACGCAGUGCGGGACCCGUACGGAAAUCGUCCUCUGUGCAUUGGUCGUCUUAUUCCAGUUUCUGAUAUCAAUGACAAAGAGAAAAAGUCUUCAGAAACUGAAGGAUGGGUGGUGUCUUCAGAGUCUUGCAGCUUUUUAUCUAUUGGUGCAAGAUACUGCCAUGAAGUCAAGCCUGGGGAAAUUGUAGAAAUAUCCAGACAUGGUGUCAAAACUCUUGAUAUAAUUCCAAGGUCUGAAGGGGACCCAGUGGCUUUUUGUAUCUUUGAGUAUGUUUAUUUCGCAAGACCAGAUAGUAUGUUUGAAGACCAAAUGGUUUAUACAGUACGGUACCGGUGUGGUCAGCAGCUGGCGAUAGAAGCACCGGUAGAGGCGGACUUGGUGAGCACAGUUCCAGAAUCUGCUACGCCUGCUGCUCUUGGGUACGCGGCAAAGUGUAGGCUGCCAUAUGUGGAGGUGCUGUGUAAAAACCGAUAUGUUGGAAGAACCUUCAUUCAGCCAAACAUGAGGUUAAGACAACUUGGUGUUGCAAAAAAGUUUGGUGUGUUGUCUGACAACUUUAAAGGCAAAAGAAUUGUUCUCAUAGAUGAUUCAAUUGUGAGAGGCAAUACCAUCUCACCCAUUAUAAAACUCCUCAAAGAAUCUGGUGCAAAAGAGGUGCACAUUCGUGUCGCUUCACCACCAAUAAAAUACCCUUGCUUCAUGGGAAUAAACAUUCCCACAAAAGAAGAGCUUAUAGCCAAUAAACCAGAAUUUGAAUGUCUUGCAGAGUACCUCGGAGCAAAUAGUGUUAUAUAUCUGUCAGUGGAAGGACUGGUUUCGUCCGUGCAGCAAGAGUUAAAAUUCAGGAAACAGAACGUGAAAAAACAUGACAUUACAAUUCAGGCAAAUGGAAAUGGUCUGGAAUGUUUUGAGAAGACGGGACACUGUACGGCUUGCCUCACUGGGCAGUACCCUGUGGAACUGGAGUGGUAGCUGCCUGGACAGAUGCUUCAAAACUGACAGGUGAUGGAGAAGUGGUUCACGUACUGUUACUCAGUUGGUACAAAGUAAAGUGGAUGCCACGUGCUUCUGUAUGUAUACCUUUAUAAGCUUUGAGAUUGUCUGAGGUUACUGAAUUGCUAUAAUUGAACCAUGAUGAUUACAUGAAAUAAAACAUGUAGGGAUGCUUUUUAUACAAGGGUUGACUCUUUUCACCUAAGAGAAGGCCAGAGGUUAGUGGUAUUUCCCAGGCCCAUGCUUGAAGAGGUUAGAGUAAGGGAUGUUAUAUACACAGGGCAGGGGGCUUUGUAAAGUCUCAUGAAAAUUUUGAAUUCGUUGAGUGCAUUGUGCCCCAGAGGUCUCUAGUCUGUACAGUCAAGCCUGUAAUUAUGGCCUUGAUCUUAGGUUCUUCCCCCUCACCACCAUACUCAUAUUUGUGGUUCUGGGGACCAGUGUACAACUCUUAAAGAAAAACAUGAAAAAUACUUGGGAAGCUGAGGCAGGAGAAUCUAAAAUUCAAGGCCAAUCUGGCUUUCCUGCCUCCAGAUAAGAAAGUAUCUUUCUCCGCCUGGGAAUCCCCAUUUGUUUUGUGAGGCAUUCGUACACGUGGUACAUACAUAGUAGGGCUGUCAGUACAUGUCGUACCUGAGAUGUUGAAAAAUACCGAUUUUCCCCUGCGUUUCUACAGUGCAUGGUCAGUAGCUUUUGAGAAGCUAAUGUUAAUUAGCUUCUACUAAAUUAGUUUGCAGUUUCACUGUGCUGGAGGGUAGGUUUGCAGACCUUUUCCAUCUCUGUGGGAUGCACCAGAACGACUGAAAACUAUAUCUGGAGCCUUUUUUUUUCUAUACUUGAUUAGAAAAUGUGCUCAAUAAUAUUUAUCCCAGCAAAUAACUUAGUACAGUGAAAAUAUGAAACAAAUUUAAGUCCAAGUAAGCUUUUAUCCUUAAUUUGAUUAAACUUGGCUCUUUGAAUGGAGUGUUGGAUCAUUUACAGUCAUGUAUACAUUUAAAUUGAGCAAAAAGAAACAUAAGAGGGCUGACUUUGUUAAAGGCUAAGCAGACACCACUGUUUUAGGUAUUAGAUUGCCUGUACCCAAGCUCAGCUCAGAAUCAUGUUUUUUUCUACUUUGUUUGGUUAGCUCUAGUGAGUUUUUAUUUUUUUUAAUGAUGCAGAUUUAGUGGAUUGAGGUGAUUUACUAACUCCUACUUGUGUAAGAUUUUUCACAUGCAAAAAUAAUUAUUUCUAUAUUGUUGCCAAAUUUUACUGUAUAGUUUCCAAACCCACUUAGAAGUAUAAUAUUUAUUAAUUACUGAAAUUAUUAGUCUACAUUUGGUAUACAGUUUCGUGUGUUACAUAGUAGCAGGUCAAAAUAAGUUACUACUUUAAGGUCAUUUGCUGCAGUGGCUGAGGUGGCCCUGCACUGGGGCCAUUUCAGUGGGUGUAGCCUUUCACCUUAAAUGCAUUACCCAUGGUAGCAUGGAGGGGUAAGGCCUUCAGGUCAAUUUUUAAAUGGCCUUAUUUGAAUUUGAUGUUUUAAAAGAAACUCAGGGAAGGUACUAAAACCAAAAUCUCUAAUUUGACUUUGUGUUUUCCACAGUUUUUAUUUUGUUUUAUUGGGAUACUGUUAUAAAGGGAAAUAAUAACUGUGAUCAUUUGAUAAUCGUACAACUUUCCUAAUUAUUUCUUCAUCGUUACCUUUUAUUUCACAAGUUUCUGACUAUGAAUUAAGUUAACUUUUUUUUUUACCAGUUUCAAGCCACCUUUUAUGUGCUUUAAAUGUAUAUAACUAGAGAGUACUAUAUGCUGAAAAGAAUGUGUUUGAACACAGUUAACGUCACAAACAAAUCUAAGCCCACUUUUUUGUGACUUUUUUUGGUGACAAAUAUAUCUAAUAAAUGUGUUUACAUGUGUGCUUUUUAAAAAUAGUAGUAAUUGAUGCAGGCAUUUUAAUAAAUAGUCCAUGUCUUAUGAGCCAGGCAAACUAUGCCAAGUAGGAGGGCAGUAAAAUAAUUAGAAAACAGAAUGCUGAGUCAUCAAGAUGUAGAACAAUUUAUUUGGAAACACUAGAGGCAUGGUUCAAUGUUCAAAGUGUUCCAAGGGUCUGGAAAUCCCAAACAAAGUUACAAAUGGCUGAAUCAGCACAUCUAGACAGCCCGGUCCUACCCAGUGUUAGAACAGACUGUGAAGUGACACAAGCUUUAGAUGUGAAAGAAGACUGAGAUGCUACACAGUGACUAAUUUCAACUGUCUAGUUGUCUAGAAAAGGGAAAACUAGUGGGACAGGGACAGACAGACGGGCAGAACGAUUGGGGCAGCACUCUGAAAAGCCUGGAUUCUUUAUAAAGGCUGUGGAGUAAAAUCCUCCCAAGUUCCCAGCCUGCUUGGUUGUAGAGGUCCAAUUCAGGUCUGGCCUGGAGAUUUCUGACUAAUCUCAUGAGGAAUUUCCUUUAAUGACUCCAUCCACACAGGUGUUUACAUCCUAUUGCUUGUUUCUCAGAAGAAUCCAACAGUGUGGCUUUUUUCUUGAGAAAAGCAUCUCUUCCGUUCUUUUUAAAUCAAUGUUCUUACUGCCUUUUGUGCAGCUGGACAAUAAACCACACCAUGCACCAUUAACCCAGUUGUGAUACAUACUUUGAGACAGGGUCAGCACAUACGCUGUACAUAUAUUAAUAAAUUGCCAUGUUCUGUUUAAGCUCACUAAGUAGGUGGAUUUGGCCUUCUCAGUUCGAUCUGAAAUGUGUUCAUCAUUUAACUCCUGUCUGUCUUUCUGACAGGGUCUUAUUAGAAGGCCCCAGCUAGACUGUGUGUGUACAUGCAUGCAUAUAAAUAUAGGUGCCUUUAGAAGCAAUAGGCAUCAGCUUCCCUGCACCUGCAGUUAUAGGUGAUUUUUGAGCUGCCUGACAUGAGUGCUAGGAACAGAUCUUGGGUCCUCUGGAAAAGCAGCAAGUGGUUUUAACUGUUGACUCAUCUCUCCAGUUCACUGUGUGUGUGUUUUGUGCGUAAUUGUUUUGUAACAUUUUCUGUGAGUGCAAGCCUAUGUGUGCCUGUACAUGUAAAGACCAGAAGAUAAUCUGUGAGAGACAUUUCUAUCUUGUGUGGACCAAACUCAAGUCCUUCUGCUUGGUGGCAAGUGCCCUUCUCAUUGAGCCAUCUUGCAGGCUUGUUGUUGAUUAUUAAUAUUUAUUAUUGAUUUAUCUUUUAAACAGCGGUUAUUCCUAAACCAGCUGUAUACCCAACUCACCACACAGAGACUAGGAUUUAUUUAAUUAAUCUAGAGCACAAUGCUAGGCAAUAGUUAUUCCAUCCUAAACCUCCAAGCUUGCAUAGUUUCUUCCCAUUCAGAUUUCCCACAUUAUACUUACUUUUAGUCAUCUCCGGUCUGGUUCAUCUCUCCUCAUGGUUCCAAGUACUCUCCUGCCACUCUCUCCACCAACUCCUCCCACUUCCUUCUCCUCCCCUCCAGACCAGGAUGUUCCAUCGUAUUUUCUCCAUUGCUCAGCAUUGGCUGGUUGUUUUAUUGACAAUACAGAUAACAAAUGGUGGCAUGUUUACACAAACUUGAGACUGGUGAUACUUAGAAUAAAAAUCACAAUACAAUGUGAUGAAACCAGAUAGUUCGGUAGAGAAAUCAGCAUUUGAAUGAACAAGAUAAAUUGCAUACAUUCCACAUAAACAUAACAACACGGGCUUCCUAAGCAUGUUUGUCUUAGUGUCUACAUGUAGAAAAAUGCAAGUAAACCCAAAUUUAUCACCCUGCACAAAGUUAAAGUCCAAGUCAGACUUUAACUUUAAUCAGAGUCAGACUUUAACUUUAAUCAGAGACCUCAACAUAAAACUAGACAUACUAAAUCUGUUAGAAGAAAAAGUAGGAAAGAGCCUUGACCUUAUUGGCACAGGAGACAAACUUCCUGAACAAAACACCAACAGCACAGGCUUUUAAGAUCAACAAUCAAUAAAUGGGACCUUAUGAAACUGAAAAGCUUCUGUAAAUCAAAGGACACGGUCAUCAGAACAAA